AUGGAAAGUGGCAGCUCAUGGUGCAUUUGUACCUCAAAGCAAUCUCUACAAACCCGUUUAUGUGUUUUAUUUUCAGACCAAAGAUCUAAACUGCCUGUGUGUCCGAAUGCUGCCCCUCGACAAGGUCUCCCUUCGUACACAUUCGGCUCCAAGACCCUAAGAUGUCCUGCAGCCUACAGGCCCUUGGAAAAGGUUGGAAUUGGCCCCUGUAGGUGGGAGGAGCCUGUGCUGCGUAGAGCAAGCGGUUAUCAUGGACGGCACGAAGAAUCUAGUCCUGUGCGCCCACGUAUUGUGACAGUGGUUCGGCCAUGCGGCGAACACAACCUGCGGAAAAUCUCUCUGCUGCUAAACCGACGUGCUGUACAGACAUUUGAGCUGCUGAUGGCCGACGUGUCAGAAGCUCUCGGCUUCCCGUGCUGGCACAGCGCUCGCGCUCGGCGCCUUUUCAGCCCUGCUGGGCAAGAGAUACACAGCCUUUCUGAAUUCUUCCGAUUUGGCAACGCCUUCCUGGCCCUUGGAGUCGGCCGUCCGUCCAUUGGUGAAAUACAGGCUGCACUGCAUGAGCUGUAUCCUGGUAUUCCAGGCUACUGUGAAAGCUUGUUGAGGUUGUGGGAGCAGAUCCUGAGGCCUAAAGCUGCUAAGACUGAUAGUGGGUUCCAUGAUGAUGUCCCCCAAGAUGAUUCCUCUUUAAACGCGGCCCUUGAGGCAGCGAUGUCCCAACCACCAGCCAAUCAUUUGCAGCCCUUCCAAGCACAAGUUAAGCACAAAGACACGGGCAGGAGAGAGAGGCAGAGAGGAGAAUGGGUUGAAAGGGAGGAUAGAAGAGCACACCAACCUCAAACAAAAGAGGAAAGGAGGAUGACAGAAAGGAAGAAGGAGCCAGUUUAUUGCCGAAGCUGUAGAGGAGUUGGGCAGCCUAUUCCUCCAAUCGUGAGCAAGAAGUCAACUAAAUUGGAAAAGUCUAAUAAUAUGAACAAAGCUCUUCUUUCCCAAGAUAAUAGGAUCAAAAACCCAUUGCAGAUCAAAAAGACUGAAACAGACGAUCUGAAAAAUAAUCCAAACAACCUCCAAAACAAAGUGCUAAAGUUGGGGGCCCAAGCAGAAACCCUGGUAGAACAGGACACGCCUGAAACUCAAUUGGUAGAGCAGAAAGACCUGUGGCAGGAACUCCCACCUGAUGGUGUGCAGGUCUCACUGGAGGAGAUCCAGCGUCACUAUGACAUUGGGGGUGUGGUGGGAGAUGGGAACUUUGCGGUGGUGUAUAAGUGCCACGUGCGUGGCUGCACCCAAACCUUUGCCAUGAAGACGGUGGACAAGGCAAAGCUGCAGGGCCGAGGUCACAUGAUACAGAACGAGAUCGCCCUACUGCGCAGCCUGGCACACCCGCGCCUAGUGCGGCUAUUCCGCGCGCAUCACACAGACACACACGUAUACCUGUUAAUGGAGCUGGUGGCUGGCGGCGAUCUGUUUGAUGCCAUUGCCAAGUGUGGAAAAUUCAGCGAGCCUUGUGCAGCUGGGAUGAUUCAGGACAUCAGUGAGGCUCUGGAGUAUAUCCAUGACAAGAGCAUCGUACACAGAGACAUAAAGCCUGAAAACCUUCUAGUCCAACGUCACAGCAAUGGCGGUAUAAAUCUAAAGCUGGCUGAUUUCGGAUUAGCCAUGAUAGUGACAGAGCCAGUUUUCACUGUGUGUGGAACACCUACAUAUGUGGCUCCUGAAAUACUUGCUGAGACAGGGUAUGGUGUAGCAGUGGACGUCUGGGCAAUGGGUGUGAUCCUGUACGUGCUGCUCAGUGGGUUUCCUCCGUUCCGCAGUCCAGAACGCAAUCAGGAGGAACUCUUUCAUCUCAUCCAGAAAGGAGAGGUCCACUUUCCGUCGCUUUACUGGGACCGUGUGUCUGAGGGAGCUAAAGUUUUGAUCAGGGCUCUGCUAGAAGUGAACCCCACUGUGAGACUGACAGCCAGUCAAACUCUUCAGAACGACUGGCUUCGGACAGCUGCACAGAGUGUCCAGGAGGAGGCGACAGACCCCAGAAGCAUCAACAGCAGCAAGAAGGAAACAACUAAAUCAGGACGCAGAAAACACGGGGCGUUGGGAAAUCAGCCGAAAGUAGAUACAUCAGCAGAAAUAGCUCAAGUGGCACAGACUGAAGGGGACACAAAUAAAUACAGGGAAACCAACGUGGACCAGAAAAGUCCAGAGAAACUAUCACAAGCAAGAGAAAGCAACAGGAAUGGUCACAUGCUGGAGGUAUCAGUAUUAGUACAAAAAGCAGAUGCACCUGAGUAG